AACAAUCCUUCGGCCGCAGACGCUGCUCGCCUUCCCGUCGGACCGUGCAAUAGCUACUUCUGGCCCCUCCGAAGCCUUGAGCAAUGUGUUCGUAAUAUGCACCUCGAGCUCAGCGAACGAUACCAGAUACUUUCGACCCGACCCAAGACAGUACCCAGCAUGCCAGUCCCCGUCCCCGUAGCUGCCUCGAUCCCCCAGUACCCCAGGGUUCCCGUGACGAAGGAAAAUCUGACAGAGGCUAUGACAACAAUAGGAUUCUUCUAUGUCAUCAACCAUGGGCUCACGCAGGCUCAGAAUGACCGCAUCUUCGACAUCGCCAACGUCGCGUUCGACCACGUCUCUGAACAGGAGAAGCAGGCUUACACGACAUCCUUUGAGAAGACUGGACAGUACCUCGGUUACAAGCCUCGCCAGCAAUGGGUAUGGUUGGCUCCAUAUAAAGGCGGCGUUAGCGACCAGAUCGAACAGUAUAACAUUGAUCACGAUAUCAUGAAGGAUGAACACCCCAAGCCCCUCCGGCCCUUCCUCUCUGAAAUAGAUGCGUUCUCCCGUCACUGUCAUCACUACGUUCUCCCCGAGGACACUCUCGUCAACGUUCACCAGUUCUCAGAGAGUAAUGAGUCUGCUGGUAGCUUCCCUCGCACCCAAGAUGAGGAGGUCAAGACUGACGGAGUUGGCUCAAAGGGCACACAGGUGUACAUCGGCAGCAUUUCCGUCCUCUGGAGCCAGCCAAUCUCGGCGCUGCAGAUCCUCGGUCAAGAUGGCAAGUGGCGCUGGAUCCGCCACAUUGACAAUGCUCUCGUGAUCAACGCGGGCGACGUGAUGGAGUUCCUCUCCGGCGGGUUCUACAAGGCAACCAUCCACCGCGUCGUCCAGCCGCCCGCCGACCAGCGCGGGUACGAACGUCUCGGCGUCUUCUAUUUCUGCAAGGCGGAUGACAACUUGAAGCUCGUGCCCUUCUCGGAGAGUCCGGUCCUCCAGCGGGUGGGGAUCAAGCGGCUCUGCGAGGACAAGGACGCGCCAACGAUGUUGGAGUGGCGCAAGAGCCGCACAGCGGGCUACGGCGUGGCGGAGCUGAAGUUGAAUUCGAACAGCGGACACGAGGAGGAGGUCGUCGAGGGGGUUCUCGUCACGCAUUACAAUAAAUCUGUCUCUGUCACGGCGGUCGUCACUCACGUAUACGUAGAAGUUUGAACCUGAAGUGUAUAAAUAGUGUUGAAGCUGUACGACAAUUCGGCAUCAGAGUUCAUCCUACACUACAGUCCGAGACAAUGCUGCAGUCGCCCCGUGUUUAUGAGGCUUAAAGACAUAAAACAGUGCUCC